UUACUUAGAAGUUAUUGUGAAUUGUACCCAAUAAAGUGAAAUAAAAUACACAAUCGCCGAUAUUGUCAAUUGUUUCCCACUUCAGAUUUUUGGAAUAAAAAUGGACAUUUGCGGAAAUGUUUUGGUUUCAAAGGAUGUGCUUAACUUUGCAUUGAAAUGUUUAUAUUGUGAAACGGAUAUAGAAGAAUGGGCAGCAUUUGUUAGUCAUAUACAGAGUAUACACAACACCAACUACGAAGAACCUUGCAUUGAUCCGCUUGUGGAAUUAGAUUACAAAGAGGAUAUUGUUGUCGGAUUGAUAAAAGAUGAACCUAUGGUACCAAUUCCAUCAGCAGAGUUAGCUAAAAACGAUGAUACCAUGAAAAUGGAAGCAGAAUCUGAUGGAGAAUUGUUUAAAGCUGAGCCUGGGGAUGAUACAGCGUCCGAUGUUGACCAAAGUCAGAACAAUGACGCAGCUGAUUUCAGCUCUGAGGCGGAUUCCUCUGAUGAUGAUGAGAACGAUAAGAAAGAUAUGAUCCGUAACAAAAAAUUUAACCCAACAUUUUAUAGACGUAACGUCAGUACGUCGGUGUUCAUUGAACUUUACAAAAAUGCCCAAUGCUUAUGGGAUCCUAAUGAUGAGCAUUAUAAUAAUAGUGCAGCUCGGGAAAAUUGUCAAAAAGAAAUAAUUGAGGAAAUGAAAAAACGCUUCCAGAUUACGUUAACUAAUCAAACAUUGCGAAGUUGCUUGCGCAAAUUGUACAUACAAUACCAAGCUACCUUUCAUGCGAAACAGAAAAAAUCAAAAUCAAAGUCGAAAAAAUUACCAAGUGUUGUGUUGGAUUAUUUUGAUAAAUGUUCAUUUUUGUCUGUUGCGAAAGAUGACUUUGCUACUAUCAUAGAAGAGGCGCCCAAUACGAACACUAAUCUAAGUUUUGCCAAACUUAAUCCAACCACAGAGGCUUUUAUUGAAACAUAUGCUCAUUUUCCAGUGCUUUAUGAUCCCAAACAUGAAGAUUACAAUAACUCUGCGGUCCGUAAGCAAACCUACAAAGAAAUGUCAAAUAUAAUCAAAUCUAAGCAAAACGUGGAAUUUACUGAUGAUGAAAUUUACAAAGGUAUAUAUUACUUACGCCAUUGGUAUUUCAAACUAAAAAAUCGACUUGAAAAAGAUUUAGAAGAAAAAGAUUUAUCAAAUGCAGCACAAGUUUAUAUGAAAAAAUGUAGCUUUCUCCCAACUAGACCGCCCAAUUUAAAAUUAAAAUGUUCAGAGUGUGAUAAAGUUUUCCAAAAUGAAACGACAAGGCAGAGUCACCUCUUCAAGGAGCACAAUAUCGGCGAUUGGCCACAUAAAUGCACAGAAUGUGGACGAACAUUUGAGUUCAAAGCUACUCUAAUAAUGCACGAACAGCGAAGUCAUGUAGGAAAAGUACAUAAAUGCGACUUUUGUGAAAGACGGUUCGCUGUACAAGUGGAUUUGCAGCGACACAUCGGUACACACACUGGUCAAAAACCAUUUGUCUGUGAAUUAUGUGGUAAGGCUUUUCGCAGUAAAACUCAAUUGGGUUAUCACUCUGAUGCAAUACAUACGAAAACACGCGCUUACAAGUGUACAAUGUGUCCAAAGGAUUUUUUAAAAGCGCGCGAUUUGAAAGACCACAUAAAGGCUCACCUUAAUAUACGAGAUAAGAUAUGUGAAACCUGUGGAAAAGGAUUUACAAAUUGCCAUUCCCUAAUACGACACAGACAAAUACAUUCCGAAGUUAAAAAAUUUGCUUGCAAAUUGUGUGAAGCGAAAUUUCAUCAAUUUGUUGGUUUAAACUCACAUAUGAAGAGAACGCAUGGCAUAGUUAAAAGCCAACAGAAAUCUUAAAUUAGAAGUCGCAUAAUAUACGUAGGCCGAUAUCUUUUUUUAUCAUAAAGUGGCGUAUAAUUCUUUCACAGAUUAUCGUAUGGGCCUUCCUCAAUUUUCGUGCGUAUGUUGAUAUUCGAACAUUUCGCUUUUAACGUGAAGAAGUGCCGAUAGUUUUUAAUAUUACAAUCGACGCUUGUUAGUAGGUAUAACAUUUUGUCUGAUACUAAUGUUUAAAAAAAGCCAAUUUAAGUUAAAUAAAUAAUAAUCGAGCUAAAUAAUUAUCUAUAGUAUAUUUUAUUA